CGGCGGUGAUGCGGUUCAGUGUUCCACCGUUGAGAGAGAGAGAAAAGGAGAGACUGACGCUCGAGCGGGUGGAGACUGCUAACACAUUUAAAUCCCCCGGGUCGGUUUUUCACCGUUUUUGCAACGAAAUAACUUUUAUUUUCUUUCUUCCCGUUGGACUCCUUUUAGAAACUGGGUUAAAUGACAGGUCUGUAAGGGCGUCGUUGUUGUGGGGAAGUUUUAUCGAGGAGGAGGAGGAGGAGGGGUGUUUUUUGACCAGCACAGAAGGAGCCAGCCAUGGCAGUCGAGGCUCGGCCGGAGCUGGUCGGGAAGCGGUUCCUCUGUGUCGCCGGAGACGAGCCGCCUGAAACCGGCAACCUCGCUCGGUGGCCGUGGAGGUCCGGAGUCAUACGAGCCGUUAACCAUCUGGACAGCGACAAUCCCGACCUCACGGUAUAUGUGGAGUUUGACGACCAGGAGUGGGAGAAGAGAGAGUGGGUGAAGGUCUAUGAGGAUUUCCAGCUGUUUCUACUGGAGCACCAGCUGGUCUGGGCCAAGAGGAAGGAGGGAGGAGGAGGAGGAGGAGGAGGAGGAGGAGCAGGAGCAGGUGGAGGAGCAGGAGGCGUGCUGCAGGCAACCAAGGCCAAACACAUACAGUGGCCUGCCCUGGCGUUUAAGCCAGUGGUGGGGAAGAGCCUGUUGUUGUCAGCAACAGCAGUGGAAUUCUUGUUAGACCGACAGCUGGACUUCCUGUCUGACCUUUCAGCCUUCCAACCAUACCAGGAUGAGGUGGACAGUCAGAGCCCAGUGUUAAGAGACAACCAUCAGCUCCAUGAAGAAGUGAGGGGCUGGCUCAAAGACCAGAAGGUGCAGGAAAUUUUUAUGCAAGGUCCCUACUCGUUGAAUGGCUACCGCGUGCGUGUGUACCGACAGGACUCGGCCACCCAAUGGUUCACUGGCAUCAUUACACACCACGACCUCUUCAGUCGAAACAUGGUCGUUAUGAAUGACCAGGUGCUAGAGCCUCAGAACGUAGAUCCGUCUAUGAUCCAGAUGACCUUUCUGGAUGAUGUGGUCCACUCCCUGCUGAAAGGAGAAAACAUCGGCAUCACUUCCAGACGAAGGUCACGAUCCAGCCAGAACAACAACUCCGCCCACAUGGCGGGAGGGAGACCCGGCGGAACCACUGGCAACAAUCAGAGUCAUUACACACGAGCCCAAGCCAACAGCCCCCGCCCCAUCAUGACCUCAUCAGGGCCCAACCCAAAAGGUUCCCAGGGGACGCUGGCCUCUCAGCAGCAGAGCCAAUCACAGCAGAUCCAGCCGCCAGCCAGCCAAUCGCACCACUCGCCCGGCGGCGGCAGCGGGCGGGAGCAGAGAGAGCAGCGCAACUCUCGCUCCUCCAGGAGGAAAGGAUCCGAUAGCAGUGUUCCAGAGGAGGACAAGGACAGGAGAGAAGAGACCACAGGGAGAGACUCCAAGUCAAAGGCCAAGCAGGCGGUGAACAAACGCAGGAAGGGCGAGGAAGAUGAGAAGAAGGCAGGUCUAAAGAGGCUGAAGACUGACAUGACCUCUGACCUGUCGGAGAGCAGCGACUCCGAAAACCCACAUAACAAGAGGAUCGCCCACUCCUCGUGCUCCUCUUCCUCCUCCUCGUCUUCAUCGUCCUCCUCCUCCUCCUCUUCGUCCUCCUCAGAGCCCAACUCUGAGAACGAGCUAAAGACUCGCAGCAGUGAUGUGAAACAAAUCGGCGUUUCCAAAAUGGAGGAGGAGGAGAAGCCGCUGAUGCCGGGCGUCAAAGUGAACGAUUCCUCGUCUCUCAUUGGUCGCCUGUCCCCGUGGGCGGAGCUUCAUGCAGCAGAGGACGGCAAGAAGGGCGCGGUUAAGGAAACGGGCAAAAUGACAACGAAGGAGGAGGAGGAAUUGGUCGCAGUGACACAGAUCACACAGUCUCCACGGCAACAGACGCCUCUGACGUCUGACGCGGUCCAGAGCGGCGGUAUGGAGAGCAGCAAGAGCACGGUGAAAGCAUCAUCUCGAUCCCAGACGCCAUCGUUGUCCCAGCUCGGCGGCGGGGGCGGCGGCGGCGCCAGUGUGAUUGACAUCACAGAUGAAGCCCAGGCCACGGUGCACCAGGAGAGCUCAGAGGCCGUGUCAGCACUGCUCGCCUCCCAGAAGGCCGAGUCCACGGCCCUCUCACCUUACCUCCCCCUCAACCCCUCCCCCGUCUCCUCGCCUCCCGUCCCUCCGUCUCCUUCGCCAUCAGAAGGAGGCCGCAGGACGGACAUUGAGCCUCCCAUGCAGCAGCAGCAGGGCAUUAUGGGAGGUGGCAUGACAGCAGCCAGGAGCUUAGGCAACAAGAUAGAGUUUGCUCCCUCUGAGGUCAUCAGGCCUGUCACGUCGAUGGUUGAAAACGUGGUGCUGGUGGAUAAAGAGAAACCUGUCCUUCCUCAUCAUCUUCAUCAUCAUCAUCAGCAGCACUCACAACAACAGCAACACUACACAUCCCUCCACCCCGGCAUUAAGAGCCCGUCUCUGUCUGACGAGACGAGAAAACACCCCCAGCAACAGCCGCCCCCCCACAAGAUGAACACAGUCCUCCCCCCUGACUUCGCCAGGUCUAAAAUGAGCCCCAACCCCGCUCAGCUGGACUCCCUGAAACAGAAACCCCAGCACCCCAACAACUCUCAGAGCCAUCCCUACCCCAACACAAACCCAGCUGACCUCCUCAAGGCUAAGCCCCACCCGGGCCUGCUGGACAUCUCCAAACCUAAACCCACCACCUCCCCAGAGGUCUCUAAACAUAAAAUACAGAGGUACUGUGAUACCUCCCCGCCUCCCAUAGGCCGUUUGUCAGCUAAAGUAGAAACAGCAGAACCUCCGCGGUCCGGUUUCAAGCCGGUGCCGGCGCGGUCGGAGUCGGGUGUGGUCAGUACGAGCAUUAGCAGCACCAAGAGCCCUCUGAUCAUCGAUAAGAACGAGACCUUCACUGUUUACAGGGACCCAGCACUGGUCCGCUCAGACGUAGAGAACUCCGUCUCUGCCAGCGUCUCCUCCAACCACGUGGCAGCCUAUCUCCAUCCCCACAUGCACACCCUUCACUCGCCCUCCCCUCACUCCCCCUGCCUCACCUCUGCCUCCCACCCCCACGCCGCCUCCCACCUCCUCGCCCCUCCUCACACCUCUGCCCUACCUCACCCGCACCUUUUACCCCCCGGGGUGCUCCCGGCCAUGCCUCCUCCUGCAGCAUCUCUCCUCGGGGGCCACCCUCGACUCGACUCCCCCAGCGGGUUGAGCCACCUCGCACACCAGCAGCAGUUCCUACAGGGUCAGGGCCCCCCUCCACCUUCUCUACUAGCCCAGGCUCACAGCGGAGCAGCAGGACUGGGCCUUUACCCCAUCCUCUGGCCGUACCCCAACGGAACGCCAACCUCCUACCCCCCAGGGCUCAACCUGCCCCCCACAGCCAAGUGGGUACACCCUGAAAAUCAAGUCACCGUUAAUUCCGAGGCCUCUCUCAGGAGGAACACAUCCAGUCCAUGGAUGCACCAGACUGCCGGUAGCGUUGGUGACGGUAUGGGUUUGAUGAGCCACGUGCCCGUUCGGCCAGCCAGCGCCGACGCCCUCCGCCCCCCUGUCAAGAUCAACACGCACUCGCACGCAAGCCCUCCACUGUCAAAGGCCAGCAUGAACGCUCAUAAAGAAGAUGUGGAUAAGAAAGGCUUUGUGGACCCGAUCAGGACGUUGACGUUGGCCCAGCUGAAACAGGAGCAGAACGACAGGAGUCGAACCCCCACAGGGAAAGACGUCCACAUGCACCGCCUCUACCUGGACCCCCACAGCAAGGCUCGCAUGGCAAAUGCACAGGAUGCAGUUCAGGCAGCAGACCGAGCCAGUAAAUACAAAGAGGAGAACCGGCAAAUCCUGAAAGAGAGCAUCGAGGUGGCUCCCUUCACCGCUAAGAUCCAGCGCUCCGGUGACCCCGGGAUGGACAGAGACAGAGAGAGGAGCAGAGAUCCAGCCUUCCCCAUCCGGUUACCAGCUCUCGCUUCCCCAAGCCCCAAGGCCGGCCACAUCCAUCCCCACGUUAUCCAGUCGGAAAAGAGCAACUACUUCACCACGCUGUCCAACAGUGUGGUGAAUGAGCCUCCGAGACUUUAUCCCUCCAAGGAGCUCAGCUCUUACUACGAGAAAGUGUCUGGCGGAGCUCCAGGGGUUGUGGCCAGUGUCGGGACCGCUGUGCCAAGCCAGGGAGCUCUGUCCCUGGGCAGCUAUAGCUCCAAAGCCUCCCUCUCCAAGCCCCCUCCCCUCAUUAAGCACCAGCCAGAGGGAGGAGAGGGUUUAGCAGGGAAAAUCACUGAGCAGCUCAGCCAGCAGGUGACGCUAGUCCAACAGCAACAUCAGCACCACGCGGGUGGUCUAGACAGGAUAGAACGCCGCAGCCCUGCCAUCCCUCCUUCCUCCUCUACAUCUUCCCCCUCAGCACCCAACCACCACCAUCACCACCAACACCAUCACCACCACCAACAGCAACAGCAGCAGCAGCAGCAACAGCAGCAGCAGCAACAGCAGCAGCAGCAACACCAGCUCAGGGCAAUGCCAUCCCUCCACCGAGCACCUGUCUUCCAUCCGCCCACGCAGCACGCACUGGAACGCAAAGAGGCUGCAGAUCGAGAGAGGGAACGGGAGAAGGAAAGGGAGCGAGAGAGGGAGAGGGCGGGUUACGGUGGACGCCUGUCUCCGCCCACCCUCACGCCCAUCCAGCCGGUUAGCUUAGCGGCUGCUGGUAGCAAAACAUCAGCGGAGCAGCAGAAGCCCCCCACGCUGCUGCCAGAACUCAGGGACGUCAAAGGUCACGUAAACGCUGCCGUCGUCACCUCCGUGGCCUCCGCCAUGGGCGGGGAGAUCAUGACUUCCUCUGCAGACGCGUGGAGAGGUGGAGAGAUAAUUCAGGAAAGAGGAGGAGUGUCGAGGUGCAAGCCCCAAGCCGCGAUGGCGUCAGUCAUUGUGCGUCCGUCGACAUCUAUUAAGUACGACAGUCCCGUUGGUGCUAACAAACCCGGUGCUAUGAUCCUUAAGGAGCUCCCCCAGGGGAGGUUCUACCCAUCCAAGCUUCAGGGGGAAUGUCUCAGACUAGGGGACGGUGUUAGAGAAGCCGUAGCUGGCAGGAUUAUCCAACCCAACUCCAACCUGGAUGACAUGUGUGUCCAGUAUAAAAGCACUUCUAUGCGUGGCAUGCAGGGAACUUUUGGAGCCAGUAUCACAAACUCUGUGUGCAGGACAUCACCUUUUGGCAUACAGAGUAUCAGUGGGACAGCCAUCCCUGAGCUGGGCUACUCGGUCUCAGCUCGGGGAGACAUUUCAGCUCUUAAAACUGGCUUUUGUGGCCGUGUGCUAAGCCACUCAGGACCAGGAGAGUACCAGGAGGGGUUAGGCUCACGCACCACAUCUCCAGGGGGGUCUCUGCCUCCCCCUAGUCCAGCAGGGACACCCCAGCCCAGUCCAUGCCUCACCCCAACACCUAGCUCUAUUUCUGGCUCCAGUCAGCCUUACUCCUCCUCCUUUGUCCACCUUAAGAAGCACAAAGCUGCCUUGGCUGCAGCCCAGUCCCGAAGCAACUUCUCCUCCGCGCCCACAUCCUUCGCAACUGGAAACUGCUUCCUUCCUGUGGAUUCAGUCGACAAAACUCCCAUUCACAUCUCGCCCCCUCCGCCCUCCUCCAGCCAAGCUUCGUCAUCUUCGGUCGACAGCAGUAGCAGCAGCUCGGCUUGUGGGAGCACAACAACGGGCAAGUCCAGUCCCCUGCCCAACGGCCAGACCUCUGGACCGGCCUCGACAAGCAGCGGGCAGCCCAGUAACUACCACAAGCUGAAGAAAGCCUGGUUAACCCGGCACUCAGAGGAGGACAGGAUCAUAACCGCUACUACAAGCUCCAUCAGUACUAAACCAGAGAAACUGCCCACCAUCACCACCACCACCCCCACACCCACCCCCACCACCACCGCCACCAGCACCAGCACAAGUAACACCACAGCCAUGUCAGAAAUGAUGAAACCCUGUACAGUCAAUCUCAGCGCCUCCACUUCCAGCGAAGUGGAGAUGAGCAAAGACAGUGGAAUCAAAGUGGAGAGAGAGAGGCAGCUGGAGGAGAAGGUGGGAGGAGCAGCAGCAGCAGCAGCAGCAGCAGCAGCAGCAGUAGUAGCAGCAGCAGCAGCAGCAGGAGGAGGAGGAGGAGGAGGAGGAGGAGGGGAGGAGAGGAAAGCAGCUCCCUCAUCAAGGCGAGGGAGCAAACGGUUAUACGAGUCCGGUUCAGAGAGCGGCGGGGAUGACUCCGACACCAGCGAGAGCAAAAUGGAGGGCCGAGCCAAGCGUCAGCCUAAACCAACCUACAAGAAGAAACAGAACGACAUGGCCAAGAAGAAAGGAGACAACGAGAAGGACGAAGAUGACUUGAAGCCCAACGGCAUCUUCAGAUCAGCCCGAGAGAAGACUAAACUCAAACUAGCCAGCACCAAUGGCAUCCCCCGCUCCGUCCUGAAGGACUGGAGGAAGGUGAAGAAGCUGAAGCAGACGGGGGAGUCUUUCCUGCAGGAUGAUUCGUGUGCUGAAAUUGGACCAAACCUGCAGAAGUGUCGGGAGUGCAGGGUGGUCCGCAGCAAGAAGGGAGAGGAGCCCACACACUCCCCCGUCUUCUGUCGCUUCUACUAUUUCAGACGGCUGUCCUAUAGUAAAAAUGGAGUCAUCCGGAUGGAUGGCUUCUCCAAUCCGGACCAGUUUGACGAUGAAGCCCUGUCCCUGUGGGUCCCUGGGCUGAUGGAGGAGAAUCACCUGGACCACACCACAGCCAAGUACAUCCUCAGCUUCAUCGGAGACAAGUUCUGUCAGAUGGUUGUGACUGAGAAUACUGCAGCCACCUGGGUCAAGAAGGAUGCCAAGCUGGCGUGGAAGCGAGCGGUGAGGGGGGUGAGGGAGAUGUGCGACGCCUGCGAAGCAACUCUCUUCAACAUCCACUGGGUGUGUCAGAAGUGUGGCUUUGUGGUCUGCUUGGACUGCUACAAGGCCAAGGAGAGAAGGAGCUCCAAAGAUAAAGAACUAUACGGCUGGUUGAAGUGUGUGAAAGGCCAACCCCACGACCACAAACACCUGAUGCCAACACAGAUCAUACCUGGCACAGUGCUGACAGAGUUGGUGACGUCCAUGCACUCUCUGAGAGAGAAACACAAUAUCAAAUCCCACUGUCCCUGCACCAACAAGCAGAACCUCCUCACCAAACUACCAGCCACCAACGGAGUCUCACAGGUUCUGCAGAACGUCCUGAACCACAGUAACAAACUGUCUCUGGUGAAAGCUGAGCUGGGCUCUCAGCAGAACUCUGACCAAGGAGGAACCAAGGUGGAGACUAACGGAGGAGGUGGUGGAGGAAGCAGUCCAGGCAGCGACGCAGGAAGCGUUCCCGUCACCCCACCCGAGUCCCAGUCACCGUUGCACUUCCUGGCUGAUCUGGCAGAGCAGAAAUCCAGGGAGGAAAAGAAAGAGAACAAGUCAGUGCUGCUGGGUAAAUCAGUGAAGGAAGUCAAGGUUGGGGACAGCCUGGAGGUGCUGCAGCAGUGUAAAACCACCUCGCUGGUGGUUAACAGUACGGAGCAGGGCUCCACGCUCCGAGAUCUGCUCACCACCACAGCAGGGAAGCUGAAGCUGGGCUCUACUGACGCAGGAAUUGCUUUUGCACCAGUCUACUCUACUGCGUCACAGACAAAAGGUGGGAGGAGCAUGCCCAAUAUCCUUGAUGACAUCAUUGCUUCAGUAGUUGAGAAUAAAAUCCCUGCCAGCCGCCAGAGCAUCACCUCCAAACUGUCAAUCAAGCAAGAGCCUGUCAUCCCUGUCAACAACAACAACAACAACCCCGCCCCUGCUAUUACUGAGGAUGUCAAACCAGACAGGAAGAAGUCAGCGCACGUUACUGCAGCGGUGCCAGAAGAAUCCACCAAUCAGUACCCAGAUAUCCCCCACUGCUGGUUAAACAACAGACGGUUACUGUGGCUCAAAGAUCACCGCAACCAGAACAACUGGAAGCUGUUCAGAGAGUGCUGGAAACAAGGACAGCCCGUGUUGGUGUCAGGGAUCCAUAAGCGACUGAACGGCGGCCUGUGGAAAGCGGACUCCUUCAACCAGGAGUUUGCAGACCAUCAGGGAGACCUCCUCAACUGUAAAGACCAGGUGGUGUCCAACUCCGGGAUCAAGGAGUUCUGGGAUGGAUUUGAGGACAUCACCAAGCGGCCCAAGUCCAAGGAUGGAGAACCUAUGGUCUACAGACUGAAGGACUGGCCGUCUGGAGAGGAGUUCAUGGCCCUCAUGCCCUCGAGAUACGAUGACUUGAUGAAGAACCUGCCCCUGCCAGAGUACUCGGAUCCAGAGGGCAACCUCAACCUGGCCUCCCACCUGCCAUCUUUCUUCGUCAGGCCAGACCUGGGGCCCAGACUAUGCUGCGCCUACGGUGUAGCUGCGUCUCAGGACCAGGACUUUGGGACCGCCAACCUCCAUGUGGAAGUGUCAGACGUGGUCUCCGUUCUGGUCUACGUAGGAGUAGCUAAAGGCAACGGAGUCCUGUCCAAAACUGGAGUAUUGAAGCGUCUGGAGGAGGAGGAUCUAGACGAGGGGGUUCGAAGGAGGCUCAAAGACUCCAGCGAGACACCGGGGGCUCUGUGGCACAUCUACCUCAACAAAGACAUGGACAAAGUCCGAGAGUUCCUGCACAAGGAGCAGGGAUUGGAAGUGUCGCUGGACCAGGAUCCGAUCAGAGAGCAGGGCUUGUACCUGAGCAGGAAGCAGCGUCAGCGGCUGCUGGAUGAACAGGAAGUCCAGGGCUGGACUGUAGUUCAGUUCCUGGGAGACUCUGUACUUAUACCAGCAGGGGCCAUGCACCAGGUCCAGAACCUCCACAGCUGUGUCCAGGUCAUCAAUGACUUUGUGUCUCCCGAGCACGUGGCCAACUCCUUCCACCUGACCCAGGAGCUCCGGCCCAAUAAAGAGGAGGUCAACUACGAGGAUAAACUACAGGUGAAGAACAUCCUGUACCACUGUGUGAAGGAGGCGGUGAGCUCCCUGAAGAAGGGCGGCUCCGAGGAAGACAACGAGGAAGAGAACUCAUGACACCCCCUGAGCCUCCGCCGCCGCACCUUCCAGAGAGGGACGCGACUCCCAUCAGCACCUCGCUCUCCCCACACCAACAACCACCACCACCACCACCACCACCUCCUCCUCGUGUGGAGGAGGACAACCGCGUCACGUUGACCACCGCAAGAGGUGGUCGGGGUCAGAGCUGGUCAUGUGACCCACAGGGGAACCUCGUGGUGGGACCUGCAUCACACACAUCCAGGUUCGCCAUCAUCACCCCCAAAAAACCUUCAGUGCCAAGAGGAGACAAACACAAGAGCAGAGGAGACCGCUGGACCGACAGGGAUUAAACCUCAACUAGCACCUCCUAGUGGUUCAUAGACUCCGAACACAAGGGGACGGCACGACGCUGGAGUGAAACAAGCCUCCACUGAAACCAAACUCUUUAGUGUGACUGAUGGUGUUUCCAUGGAGACGGUCCUGUAAGAAACAGUCGCCUGGUUGGACGGCAGCAGCAGCAGCAGUGCUGAUGGAGACACUGAGCCCCACCCGCUGCUCUCUCACUCUAAUCUUGCGUGGAUUAUAAAGGCCCGGAGGUUUAAUCCCUGUCUGUAGCAGCAGCCAACACGACGUCUCGGACAGAAGAUUUCGCUGAUUAGGACAGCAUCACCAGCAGCAAAGCAGCAUCAGGACCCAAACUGUCAUCUCUGCUGUUUUAAAAAAAGAAAAAAAAAAAAAAAAAAAAAGAAGAAGAAGAUACGAGGGAGGGAAAAAUGCAAAAUCUCAGAUGUUCCAGUCAGCCGGCAGCGAGUCGUGCUGCUCCCUCGUUUUUGUUGUUCCGUCUGUAAUCUGUCUGUCCUCGUCCUUUUUUUUUUUUCUAGUUCCGUCUGUUGCUGUUUUCGUUCUUACAUUUUCUUUUUCAUACGAACAUGUGUUUUAUUUUCCUCUGUGAAGAUGUAUUUAUUUUAUAGCUGUAUGAUACGCGAUGUUAUUGAGACAAAAAAAGCAUUAAUGUAAAUGUGACUUGUACAGUUUCUUUUUUUUUUUUUCUUUUAGUAUGUGGUUUUCAGUUGUAAUACGGCUCUACUGUGAUGGAGGACACACACACACACACACACACAUCACACACACACACACACACACACACACACCAGCUAAUGCCUGUAACUUUGGGAAAACGUUGAUGCUCUACAGUCCUCAUGCCAUAAAAUACAUUUCUUUUGAAAAUGAACUGCCAAACUAUUGUAAAGACUGUAAAGUUGUAUUAUGUAAAGACAGAACAAAAAUGGCUUAUACACUUCAGCAUUUUAUGGAAAAAAAAAAAAAGUAUUUGCUGUAAAAUUGAGACAUUUACAGAAAAGAUGUAAUUUAUUUAAGAAAAAGAAUGAAUUGUCUUGUUUUUUUUUGUUUAGUUCAGAUUUACUAUGGUGAACUUUUGAAGUUUAAAAGAUUAAAAUAAUGAAAAUGUUUACUAUAAUGUGUAAAUAUAUACAUAUAUACAUUCACUGAGGUAUUUUUUUAAAACAUGGCUUGCUUCAAUUUCAAAUUUUAAAGUGCAAGUGUUACAUGCUUUGUACAUUGAAGUUCAAAAGGGUUUUACAUUUUCCAUUAAAAUGGAUUUAUCAAA